GGCUAAUAGUCAGGAUUAAUAGAUCCACGGGGUUUAGGAUAGGAAAAGGACGCGUGACUAGCGCUCGGAAACGACUAAGCCAAAACGUUUGACCCGCCUUGGGCUAGCAGCUGCACAAGAUCUCCAGCCUUGUCGAGACCGUGUCUCGUGAAGACAUCCGUCUAGCUUGACAUGAAGCAUGGAACAACAGGACCAUCAGACUCAGAUGCCCUGCCUGAACUCUUCAAUCUCAAAGAUUUACCGACAAAAUGACCAAGACGAUCGCGGCGGCCGAAUUCACCGUCGGUUGGGUUUGUGGAGGAUCAAAUUCCCAUGAGAAACACAACGUAGCAACAAAACUGAACUACUGGGACGACCUCGGCGACGGCUCACGACCCACGCCUAUUUUCAUAGGCAAGGGGAAAGUAACCAACCAGCGCCCGCACCGACCCCACCCAUUCGUAGUCACGGACGUGACGGGGGACGAAGACAAGUACACGCUCGAUAGCCACGGAUUUUUAUACUAUCACCGCUCGACCAAGAUAAAUGACUUAUUCGUGGACGAUGUGCGAAUCAAGACUGAGUACUAUCUCGAGUGCGCCCAGCUCCUAAAAGACAUCACAGGCGCUGCGCGCAUCCACGUGUUCAACCACAAAGUUCGCCGGGGGCCAACACACUGGCAUCACCUGAGUCUGCAGAACCUAGCAAACCGGGGCCCCGUAACGAGGACGCAUGUAGAUCAGUCAUAUGCGGGUGCGGAGAUGCGCCUGCGAUUUGAGCUGCCCGACGAAGCGGAUGAGCUGAUCCGGAACGGAACUCGAUACCAGAUCAUCAACGUUUGGCGACCUAUCAAGACCAUCCGGAAGGAUCCCGUGGCCGUGGCGGACGCGAACUCGGUUCCGGAUGCUGAUCUGGUCGGUGCAGAGAUGGUCGAGGAUGGGUAUCGGGGGGAGAAUUGGGUGGUGAGGCACAAUCCGGGACAUCGGUGGUAUUUUAAGCACUUGUUGAAGCCGGAUGAGGUGUUGUUGAUUAAGUGCUUUGAUUCGGAUGCAUCUGUGGCGAGAAGGGCGCUGCAUUCGGCUUUUGAGGACCCGGAUUAUGUAGAUGAGGAGUCGAGGCAGAGUAUUGAGGUUAGGUGCUUGGUGUUAUACGGUGCUUAG